UUUUUGAUAUUUUAAUUAAUUAAUAUCCUAAGAAUAAUAAUUGUUUGUUUGUUUGUUCAUAUCUGUCGUCUGGCAUCACAUUUGGAUCUUAUAAUUCACCAAUAUUAAUUAUAUGCGAAAAAGAAAACUUUAAGUAAGACAAAUCAAAUUUCUUCAAAUAAUUUUCAUUAAGAAGAAAGUUAAAUUAAAAGAAUAUUUAAAAUAGUAAAGCAAGCAAAAAUGGGAUUGUAAAGCACUGACGGAUUUUUAUCUACUUUAAGUGAUUUUUAGACUUAGUAAGCCAAAGAAAAGAAAGGAUGGAUUACAGUUACUAUUAAAAGAGAUAGAGUAAAAUCAAUGAAGAAGCAAUUAUCAAGAAAGAAAAAGUAGGCUCAACUUGAGAAAUUAAGCAACGAAGCUCUUUUGAACCCUACUUAAUUAUAUUCUCUUAAAUACAGAGCCAAAUACAACGAUUAAAGCACAUGUGCUGAAAUUUUACCUGGCAAGUCAAUCAAAGAAUCAGAUUAACUUGUUAACGUUUUCAGACUUCACUUCUUCUCAAAUUAAGCAGCAAACAAGACUAAAGUAAUUAAGAAAGAACCAACAAAGCCUAAUCCUAAGAGUAAAAAUGCUAAGAGAAGACAAGAAAGACAUAAAAGAAAUGCUGAACGUAGAAAAAAGCAUCAUGAAAUUUAAGUUUAAGCAAAGAAGAAAAGACAACAAGCCCUAAAUAUCAAACACACUGCUAAAGAAAAAUAGUAAUAAUAAUAAGAAUAAAGUGAAUAAGCCAUUGUUUAAGAAUGA